AUAUCAUGGAAGCUUAUGAAAAGGAGUGCGUAAUGUGCCUCCUUUCCUACCUACUAUACUCCUACAAACCUAACUCGUACCAUAAUUCAUACCAAGUCAUCUGUGGUCAAGUCUGCCGUUGUAGAGGCUCCCCCUAAGUUGAAUCCUCCAGUAUUAAAAUGGCUACGGCAGAUACCGAGAACCCGAUCCAACUCUCUCUCCCUUUACCACGCUCUUUAGAUACGAGGAUUCAUAUGCGCCUAGAUAUUACGUCCAAAGUUAUCGUCAUAUUCCUCACCACCAAGUCUGUGGAUGAGGAGCCUGGAGCAGCACCACUAGGAUCGUUCGUCUACGCCUUACCUAACAAGUACAACCCCAGCCAGCCGCUGUCGACGGCAAUCUACUCAGUAGAGGCUACGUUGGAGUUCACCACGCGGCUGGCCAAGAUCUUGGCCAAGAAGACGCACAUGCCCGUGUACGUGGCGAACUCCAUCAGCCUCGCCAGCACGGGGCUCGGGGGGACGGUGGAGGAGGAGAUGGAGGCGUUCAGGAGCGUCGUCGAUGUCGCUCUCGGUAAGCUUCAGAGUGUCAUCAAGCCACCUAACGCCUUGCCAAACGGGACUGGCAGUCCGUGAGGGCGCUACGGAUCCCUAUGCGGGAAGUGUGUUUUUGGGGAGUAGGUGGCAUAGCGCCUUUGCACAAUGCCAGCCUUAUAUAAGAGCCUCGAUGGGUCGCGCGGAACCUCGCACGGUAGCCCCCGAUAGGAGCUAGGCCGGCGGCUGUCGUCCGUAUCUGUCGAGAGAAGCACGUGUGUAUUCGGCAAGCUCUCGCUUGCCGUAGACCCAGAGGCACACAGAACGGGGUUCUCGUGAGACUAGACCACCUUGUUUAGUUCGGCGUGCUGCUUGGGGCGUCGAUGUCGUAUGAGCAUAUGCUCCCUAGGCCAGACCGGUCUGCGGAGUUAGGCAACCAUAUACGAGACCUAUUAAUCCUUCCAUCCGUUUGCACGGUGGCUGUACGAAGAGGCACGGAUUAUAACGGCAUGGCUGCCCGAGAGCCGUUACCUAGUUACGGAAAUGGUCGUGCUCACUUCUGUCCAAUACCCAUAGCUCACUGCAUAUUCAAUAGGAGUUGGUGUUGUGAAGGUUCGCCGGCCUACCCUAAUGCAUCGUCAACGGCCGUUCCCUAGAAACCCCCUCAAGCCGAGGCCAUCCAACUUUAC